AUGCCUCCGUGAAACAAACAUGGCGACUCCGGUACAGGUUGUGGAGGAGGCGGAAGAUUAUUCCUUUUUGCCCAUUAUUCACGACGUUAUUAAAUGCAUGGACAAGGACAGUCCAGAAGUGCAUCAAGAGCUGAACAAACUGAAGACGAAGAUCCAGGAGGCUCGGGAGCAGAUUUCUGGCAUGCCGGGGAUCGAUAUGAGUCCUUCGCUUCAGGAGAACAAACUCCAGACCCUCAGAGAGCAGGUCCAGACCAAGAACCAGCUUCUGCAGAAAUACAAGAGCCUGUGCAUGUUUGACAUCCCCAAACCUUCGUGAGAGAAAACAUGAACAUUUCUUUACACCGAUAGAGGCCACACUGAUCCAGAUUCAAUUACUUAGGCUAUUUGUACAUAUAUUUUAUUUUUUUGGGGCAUAGCAUUUGCAACAUCAUGUUUAGUUUCAGUGAAUUGCUGCUGUAUUCUUUACCUUUGUCAUAGUUUGUGCAUUAAAUUCAAUCACUUCUUUAGUA